AUGGGUUGUUGCUUCACCAAAGCCACAACCAAAAACCAAAACUCCCUCAAAAACACUCAACCCCACCAAACAUCCUCACCACCCAAAUCAAAUCAUGAAGAAGCCCCACCACAACCACCAGAAGAGGAAUUUGUCAAAGAAGUUCUCUCUGAAACACCCAUUUUGAAACCACCCCAAGUUCCAAUUUUGAUACCAGAAACAAAGACCCAAACGCCAUUAGUUCAAAACCCAUCUCAGAAAUUCGAAAUUAAGGUUCCUACAGAGAAAGUAACAGAAGAAGUACUAGUUUCUCAGCUUUCAGAAUCUUGCACGGUAACCGAGAGCUUCUCCACCGCCACUACCGCCACCACUGCUACUGUUACGGAGAAAAGAGAAGACGAAGCAACAAGCAAACCAUGCAGCAGAGAACCAAGAACGACGACUCACAAGUGGAAUCGAUCUCCAUCGAGAAAGCGUCCUCUCGUAGCUGAUGCAAACGUCACCGGUGGAAAUGAGCGAAGGGUAAAAUCACCGGCUAGAAGACCGUCACCGUCGCCGGAGAAGAAAAUAAAGAGCGGGUCUAGGUUAGUUCGUGGAAGAGAAUCCGGUUCCGUUGCAAACCGUAAAGUCAAUGCAGGUUCAACCGUUGUUCGCCGUGACUCCGGUGAGGGUUCCGGCAGGAGGUCUAGGUCUCCGUCGUGUUCUCGUACAGUCGGAGGGUCGGGUAAAGUAGGUGUCGGAGUUGGCCGGAAACAAGCUCCGGCGAAGAAGAGUGAGAGUGAAGAGGUUGGAGAGAAAAACGACAUCGUGUGUAAUGUAACGGAGAAGAAGAGUGAGAGUGAAGAAGUGGGAGAGAAAAACGACAUCGUUUCCAGUGAAGAAGUGGGAGAGAAAAACGACAUCGUUUCCAGUGAAGAAGUGGGAGAGAAAAACGACAUCGUUUCGCAGGGAGAGUCAAUUGAAAACCCACUUGUUUCGAUGGAGUGUUUUAUUUUUCUAUAG